CGCUCACCUAGGUGGCGCGCUCGCUUGUGAAGUACGUUAUUUGUGUUCUACAACCCGAAAUCUACACGGCCAAUAGUUCUCCCGAGAGCGGUAACACUUCUACCUUCUACACCACUUUUUACAUAACUUUCUACUUCCACCUAUAUUUAUACCAAGGCACCACAACUGCACCACUGCUUUAGAAGGAGAAGUGUAUCCUUGCCAACUUUCCUGCAGACAACACCGCAGGUAAGACAAGAGUCCAUGCCUCACUUCUUGACCUCUCAAGCCACUCUGGCCUAGCCUCUUGUGGACUCUUGGUCUGCAAAUCGAUCAAAGCACACGUUACACUGCUGGCUUCCGGACUCUCAGAGCCAGCCAAAACGUGAACCUACUACAGUUCACAUCAAUUUGUCACUCUUGGGACAGAAGGCACGACCGUGCCCAAAGUCCAAACAUGCCGCCACAAAGACCCCCAAGCUCAUCUGGUCCGUCAUCUUCCUUGAUGGUCUCGCAAGAUGACUACGUCCCGCCAGUCAGAUGUGACCCAAGCGUCCGUGUCAAAGCAGAGAGGGAUGGCGAUAACGAUCAUGAUGACUUCGUCGAUGUCGACGAUGAGGCAGAAGAGCUUCUUGCCGAUGCCGAUGGAGUCCCUAUGUACUCUGAUGCCGACUUUAAGAUACGCCAAGUCGCAUCCCCAUUUAUCGUCCAGCGUACACUAGUGAGUCUAUAUAACUUGAGCAAGACGAAAUACCUGAAGCUGGACCCUGAGUAUCAGCGAGAUGUGGUUUGGGAUGAGACGAGGUCGUCAGGCCUAAUUGCCUCUGUCCUGCAAGGUUACUUCAUCCCCCCCAUUAUUUUCAACGUGUUAGAAGAAUGGGAGACGUUGGAUAGCGGCGAAGAAAUAAUGCGACAUUGUCGGAUUUGUGUUGAUGGAAAGCAACGUCUCACCUCCCUUCAGAAGUUCAUGGAGGGCAAAAUCGGAGUGUCCGACUCGUCGCACCCACCGAAGAAGUGGUUUUUCUGCCACCCGAUUGUCGGCGGUGUUGAAAAGCAAUCAAACCACAAUAUCCUUCCGCUGAAGACAAAGAAGUUUUUCGAGUCUCGAAUGUUUUGCUGCUAUGAAUACCAGAAACUCACGCCUUCUGUUGAAGAGACGAUGUUUCAGCUCGUCCAACGCGGGAUGCCACUUACCCCAGCUGAAAAAAUGCGUGCCAUGUCGACACCAUGGGCAAAUUUUGCAAAGCAGUAUGAGAACGAUUACCCAGCUGUCCUCUCUCUAGGUAGACAGAGCAGGGCCUCUGGCUUCCGUCAGAUCAUGUCAAUAUUCUGCCAGAUCAUGGAAGUCAUGUCUCCAAGUGCCGACAAGAAAAAGAACAGAGAAGGAGCAGGAUGGAAGCCAACUUACCAAGCCACCCCAUCAAACCUCACAAAGCUGCUUAUGGAUACGCCAUCCCUAAACGAAAGUGUCAAGAGAAAAUUCAAAAAGGUUUUCGACAAAUAUGCCGAGCUCAUCGCAUCGUGCUCAGAGCCAGAUAAGGAUUCGCCCACCGGAUCCUCAAUCAAGAAGAACAGUUGCUUUGCGCCUACUCCGGAGGGCCUAAAGAAUAGAGGGGCAUCCCACGUCAGGACCUUCUCACCGCUCGAGGUUGUCGCCACCGCAAUCUUGCUCCUCCGCCAUAUGGACGAUAGAACCGACACGAUGCUCCAAGGUGACAUCAUGGAAAUGCGCGUCUACCUCCGCCAGAAGAACAAGGACCUGCGGCUGAACAACACAUGCUGGGCUGAUUCCUAUCAAUUCAUUGAUGUCGACAUGAUCCAGAUUCGCGGUGGAGCAGGGGCCUCGAGACGACGUGCGCCUCCUGUGUCGCAGCAAGCUCUUCCAAUUGAAAUCGAUAGCGAUGCCCCAGAUAAUCAAGCGGGCCGACGCACCUCCGCACGCAGAAAUACAGAUGGGUCAUCCGCGCUGCCAAUGCGUGGGGUAGAUCAAAAUGGUGAUGCAAGGCCCACUCGGUCAGGGCGAGUGGGCAUGAGCUCCUUGACGGCUUCAAUUGCGAACGGCAGUCCGAUAAUGACGGACGGCCUAUCCAGUCCGCAGGCUGGAUGGGGAGGACCACAGGUAGCACCAACGGCACCAGCGGCACCGAUGGCUCCGAUGGUGCAGACAAUCCAGCCUCGGAAGCGUCUCCAUGGAUCUGAUGGCAGUGCAGCCCCUACUAUCAGGCGUGUUCGACCGAGAGAUUGAGAUGGUGUGCGUGGUCCUCUGGUCUCAACUCGUCCGCUGACAGCUGCAGACACAUGCUUGAUACUUCCCUUCUUUUGGUUUAGCCUUUGCAAAUCCGACAGGACUACCCUUCUAUCUACAUACUCAGAUUACAACAAUGCAACGAUUUAACGAAAACGAUUACGCUGCUCUUUCCAAAACAUCUCUUAAGUUUCGCCGUCGUCGGAGACCGCCGCGAUACACAACUUGCAUGUGCAAGAUAUUUAUGCACCCUCGGGCUUUUCAUUACUUCCAUCUUUUGGUUUCCCGGUUCCUCAUGCAUGUUUGCCUGAGUUUUGCUCGAAGAGAGCCGUUUGGGUGGUUGAUGGUUUGUUGCCAUGUAAUGAUUGACCUGUUGCAUGCUAAUGGAGAGAGAGACGUUGCAAGGGGGGUAGAAGAGAUAGCUUAUUAUCUCGUUGCGAAUGCAUGGCUUUCAAAGAU